CGCUGGUGCCUGGCUCCAAAGACCGUUCUUAGUCUUAAACUCUACAAACAAAAACAAAAAACAAAAAGAGCCCUCCAGCCUAUUUCCUUGUAUUUCCUCUGGUAGUUGAGAUUCCCUACCAUGAACUAAAGUCAGAAGAGUACAGAUCACCCUUGUGUUGUUUUUUUAAUCAUCAAAUCACUUUCAUAACAAAAUGAAACAAGUUAAUGAUUUUCUUCAGUCAGUGGUGUCACCCCCUCCCCAGUGCCAGUGGCCUGGGACCAAGAGCCAGGCACACAGGGCUCCGCCAUGGCUCAGGACUACGUGUGGUACCAGGGCCUUCCUUUCCCUGCCGUGCAUUUCAACUCGGAAGUCAUAAAAGCAGUCCACGAGGAGCUUAUGCUGAAGGACGAGGACAUCAUCACGGUGACCUACCCCAAAUCAGAUGAGCAGACUGGGACGCAGCUGGGAACCCAUUGGUUGAUUGAGGUUCGCUCUCUGAUUCACACCAAGGGGGAUCCCAAGUGGAUCCGAUCUGUGACCUCAUUUAAUCGCUCCCCAUGGGUUGAGACCACAUGUGAAUCCCAAAUCAUAAAAGACAGGAAGGAGGGUCCCCUCCUCAUCUCUUCCCACCUCCCCAUCCAACUCUUCCCCAAGUCUUUCUUCACCUCCAAGGCCAAGGUGAUCUAUGUCAUCAGAAACCCUAAGGAUGUCCUUAUAUCUGCUUAUUAUUUCUGGGGUUUUACAAAUCUGGCUAAGAAACCAGAGUCACUGCAACAAUAUUUUGAAUGGUUUGUUCCCCCUGCAAUGCCAUACGGGUCAUGGUUUGAUCACAUCCGAGGUUGGAUGUCCAUAAGGGAAAAAGAGAACAUGCUGAUCCUCAGUUAUGAGCAGAUGAAAAAGGACCCGAAGAGCAUGAUAGAGAAGAUCUGCCAGUUCCUGGGGAAGGCGCUGGAGCCAGGAGAGCUGGACUUGGUCCUAGAGAACAGUUCCUUCCAGGCGAUGAAGGAGAACAAGAUGUCCAAUCUCAGCCAUGUGCCCGAGGAGCUUAUUCCCACCAGUAUAAAACUCAUCUGGAAAGGCAUCAUAGGAGACUGGAAGAACCACUUCACCCCAGUUCAGGCCCAAGCCUUCGAGGAAACAUUCCGGGAGAAGAUGGCGGGACUUCCUCCGGAGCUGUUCCCUUGGGACUAAGUCCAGACUUAUUUCUAUGUUUGUAGAGACAAACACUUGUAGCCCCCCCUCACCUGAUAGUGGUGAUAGGAUGGGGGUGGGGUCAUAGCGUAAAUCUGUCACUCAAAUCUGGAGGUCUAAAGUUUCAUAUUGAAGCCUUAAUCCAAUCACCACGGUGCCCAUUAACUCUAUUCCAUCCAGGGCAUACGAGGCUUUUUUCUUUAAAAA